AUGGCCUCAAGACUCAUCUUUAGACGUACACUCGCGACCUCUGUUAAACCACCGGUUCAAUUGUUCGGUUUGGAGGGAACCUAUGCGUCUGCUCUCUACACUGCCGCUGCUAAGUCCACGUCUGUUGAGAAGGCUGCUAAGUCGUUGGACUCUUUGAAGACACUCGUUUCUCAAGACGCCAAGGUUGGUGCAAUUUUGGGUAACCCAGCGUUGUCCUUCGAGGACCGUGCUGUUGUUGUUGACACCUUGGCCAAGCAGGUGUCUCUGGACUCGUCUGUCGCCAACCUGUUGAAGGUCUUGGGUGACAACAACAGAUUGAACUUGCUCGAGGGUAUCUUUGCUCAGUUCAAGGUGUUGACCGAUGCUCACAGUGGUGUUGUCGAGGCUGUUGUUACCUCUGCUACCCAAUUGGACUCUAAGGUCUUGAAGAAGAUUGAGUCCUCUAUCACCAAGUCCAAGUUUGUCGGCUCCGGUAAGACAUUGAGAUUGCAAAACAAGGUUGACGCUGAUAUCCAAGGUGGAUUGAUCGUCGAGGUUGGUGAUAGAACCGUUGACUUGUCUGUUGCUUCCAAGGUUGCCAAGUUGAACCAGGCUUUGAAGGAGGCCAUUUAA